AUGAGUAGAAGCAAGCUUGUCGAGCACAUGGAUGCAGCAGAAGGCAUCAAGUCCGUCAAGAAGAAACGGAAGCAAAAGUGCUUCGCGAAGAAAGCUGCGGCCAAGCCAAGUGCAGACGGAUCGGAGGAAAUAGCAAGCCCACCGCCUGUCUGGGCUUCAGAUGACACUUCUGCGGAUGAAGACUCCGCUUCAGCAGCCCACGGCCAAGUGGCUUCUGAGCGCACCACUGAAGAACAGGACGAUGGAACAGAUGACAGCCCGGUCGCCCAGGAGUACUGUCCCAUCAUGGAGUACUGUCCCAUCAUCGCGGGCAUGUGCCCCUGGUAUCGAGCGGCCUUUUGGUACAGCACAAUCCUCUUCACAGUAGGAUUCUGCCAUCUGUGUGGGCAGCGAAUCCCGAUCCAAGUCGUUCCUGGCGUUCCCAAUGCCACCUACGCAAGCCCCAUGUGCCGCUUCUUGGAUGUGCAAAGUGCUGGCUAUGAUGACAACCACCUGUUUGGCUUCUUUCUUCUUAUUUCCACUUGCUUUGUGCACUCCAUGAUGUUGCGGUUCAUCGCCACGCCCGAGGGGAAGGAAAGGAUACUGAAGGAAGCCUAUGCGAAUCCAAUCCUCGAGACCAUGAAGCUCCUUUCGCCUGAUCCAAUCGUGGCUAUCAACCGCGACCUUCGAUUCACCUUCGGCGCAAGCCAAGAUGCUCAGCGAAGGAGUCAGUUCAUCGGGUUGGCCGCCAUUG